CAGGAAGCAACCCAGCAACAGCCCGCAAACAGGUCAUCGGUGAUACAUAAAAUGAAUUCACCAUGGGAGUCCGUCAUCUUAUCGCUUACCUCCAGCCGUACGCAACGGUAGUAUCAUUAGCUGGAGCAUCAAUUGUGGUUGAUGGACCUGCGUUUGCCCAUCAUGUUUACUAUCUCUGCCUGAGAGCAACACCACAUGCUCGAAAUGGCUUCGAGGCAGCUCCCUCCUACCCGGUCCUGGUCAAAACUGCUUUGUCGUGGCUAGAUAGGCUCCGAAAUGUUGCUGUGAUUAAUAAGAUUUAUUUCGAUGGCUUCUUGCCAGCAAGGAAGUUCAACACCAGACUUCAACGACUUAUCGAUCAAACUCGCCGAUUGACCCAAUUCCAUUAUAAUACUCCUGCACCUUGCCGGGCAGCCUACCCCCAGGUUGAGAACGAGCUUUACAACCUAUUCGACAGCAGUUCUCCGGGAUUACACAUUACGAGCCUCCCUCCGAUACCUUUCCUAGUCCCAGCUAUUCUGGAGGUCAUUCAGAAAUCUGCCGAAUAUGGGCCUAUCACAACUGUCGUUCCUGGUGAGGCUGACCUAUGGUGUGCUGAGUAUGUGAAGCAACACGGAGGGCUUGUUCUCACGGGAGACUCGGACCUUCUCGUGCAUGAUCUAGGACCCGAUGGUUCUGUAUCAUUUCUGACAGAUAUACGUCCUCUCCCGGAAAGUCCAAAUGCUGGACUUUGCAGCCCUGUGUACAGGCUUGCAAGUAUUAGAGAUCGGCUCGUCCUCCCAAAACCAAACGGAAUACAGUCUUUGGCUUUUGAGAUGGUAAUGGACCCUGACAUUUCAUUCCCUAACCUUCUCAAACAAGCUCAAGCCUCGGACGCAAUAUCGAACUAUCCUAAGAGAUUCGCAGAGUUCAUUGAGGAGUAUUCUCAAUCAAUACCAACCCUUUCGCAAAAUAUCGGCGACUCCACAACUCAAGCCGUCCUUCAAAAGUUAGAUCCUCGAAUAUCGGAGGGUGCAUUGCAAUUUCCUUGGAUUGCGAAGAGACAUGGCGACAAACCGCUUUCACCAAUUCACACAUUCCUUCCAUUCCUGCUUGAUUGCCCCAUUCGUACAAGUGCAUGGGAAUGCUCAACGCCUGUUCGGCAAUUAGCCUAUGGAAUUCUCAAUCUCAUAGCUUGCAAAGACGAGAAGAUACCGAGCAUCUUUGAGCAUAGGAAGCAGAUGGACAAGUCCGGCGGACGAGAGUUGGAGCUCCCUGACUUUUCGAGUAUUUCAGAAGCAUGCGACUCGACAUUAAGUCUCUUAUCAGAGUUGCGCAGUAGUCUCCCAAGACUCGGUGCAAGGCAAAUAUGGAUAGCUUUUGCCAUUCAUCUGCAUACACAAUGGUCAAUUGCCAAUGAUAAGUCUUCUCUCACCACUCUUUUUAUGCAACAAUUUGUGCAACUCAAAGACCAUGAAACAUGGGAAAGUUUUAGUUGGGAAGCGAUUCAAUUUUUUUCUGAACUUCAAGCAUCUCUCUAUUCUUGCAGGAUUCUCAAGCAGAUUUUGGGCCUGGUGAUUGCACAUGGCGGUACCGAAGCUCUACCCAAGUCUUUAUCAUCAUUGUAUGCCAAGUUACAAUCGCUGCCCGACCUUACAGAGUUUCCAACUCUUGGUGAUGCAUCUUCUGCCUUGAGAAAGAAGGGCGGUCAGGAAAUCAUGGUCACUAUUCAAUGUGUAGUGGACGCUCUGCUUCCUUUGCCCGUGGUAGCUGCCCAGACGACGCCCAAGGCAAAAAAGAAGCGUAAGAGAGGGUUGCAUCUAUCUGAGCCAUCUAACGAUAAGAAGAGACCAAAUAAUCCCUUUGAGCUAUUAGAAACUGAAUGAAAAUAAUUCAAGC